GGUGGUGGGGCGUGGGGUCGUAGUGGGGGAGGCUUCGGAAGGCCUAGGUUCAGCCUGUCCAAACCCGAGAGGCGGGGUCAGGUGUUCGGGCCCCGCCCUUCUGCUUCCGGGGGGAAGGGCUGCGUCAGCGCUUGAGACCGGGCCUGUGGGUCUUCCUCAGGCUCUGCUGUCAGUUGAGGGGAUCCCCUUCCCAUAGUAUCCCCUAGUCUGUCAGUAAGGGACACCCAUCCCUUCACCGUCUCCCCUCUUCCCCCCGUCUGCUGUCAGUGAGGGGCCCUCCGUACCCGGGCCAGAUUUAGAAGGCUGGGUCCAGAGCUAGGGCAGACCGGCGGUAACGGCGGCGGGAGGCUGCUCGCGGCCCGACGGCGUGGGGGCGGGGCGGGGGCUACCGCCGAGAUCCCAGAGCUUGGGACUCGGACACCUGGGAGUCCUCCGAACUGGACUGUGAGGAGGGAGCCGCCCGGGGGGGCCUGGCUGUCGCGGCCCGGCUCUGCAGAGGAGCGCUCUGGCGAGGAAGAGUUUGUAGCGUUUUGAACUAGUCACUCAUGGGUGUGAGAUGGCCGAUUGCGAGUCGUCGGGCUAAACGUGACGUCAGGCCUCUCCUAACCCGGGUUUCUCUGAACUGUAUGGCCGUCCCCUCCAUAACGAGGGUCCCUGAAGGGGGCAGCCGAGGAAGGCUGCUGUGCGCCCGGGGAGCAGGAUCCUCUGUCUGCACCAGCAGCUGCCUUUAUUCCCCACCAAACCCCUGCCCCUCAAUCUGGUGAAAUGUCUGAAAAGCUAAGAAGAUGCAGAAAGGAGCUGACAGCAGCUAUUGACCGUGCAUUUGAAGGCAUCAGCCAUUCUCAAGAGUGUCCAAGUCAACAAAAACCAGACUUGGAUACAUCACCUUCUUCCUUCACUAUUCAGAUGAAUAAACUUCUUUGCAGGAGAUAUCCUUCUACCACUUCCUAUGUUGGUCAGUUUGCUCCUGUUUCCUGUGCUCCUGAAAAUGAGAACCCUGUCUUUGUACCAAACCAUAUUCCAGUAAAUAUGAAGCCACAUACUUUAUGCCCCAAAAGAAAACCUUUGACCAGCAAGGAAAAUGUGUUGAUACAUUCCUCGAUUUUUGUACCUGAAAGGCAGUUUCUGAGAGCCACUGGAGAUGGGGAAAGUUGGAGAAAGGAAAGUUUAAGGAAGGAUGUGGAUAGAUAUUUGAAGGUUGAAGCCAACGUUCCUCUCAACAAUUCCAACCAAGAAAUCACAAAGGAUCUACUUGAUAUGAUUGACCACACAAGCAUCCGAACUAUUGAAGAAUUGGCUGGAAAGCUAGAAUUUGAAAAUGAAUUAAAUCGAGUUUGCAGUCGUUCAGAAGAUUCCCCCUUUAAAGAGGAAGUCCUGGCGCUCUUCAUGGAUGAGAGUCCGCACAAGGCCACAGAAGCAGAAGCAAGCUGCCUAAAGCCAACUUUUGAUGAUCAGAAUAUCAUAGAAACAGUCCUGGAUUUGGAAGAGGACUAUAAUUUGAUGACCUCUUUUAAAUACCAUAUUAAACUCCAGCCUUCACCAGGGACUGCUUGACCACUCAUCUCCCUCGGUACCCACGUCCCCAGCAGGCCAUCUCCUAUGUGAAAAAAGGAGACGAUUGGCCUUUAAGAAUAAAAAGAUUGCCAAGGACUCAGGGUGGGUUUUCUGAGGCUCCGACUUGGCUGUUGAGCAGGUUUCUUCCUGGCUUUCUCUCACCACUUGGGAACAGGAGCUGAGAGGAUGCAGGUGGUGGCGAGUCCAGGGUAGAGAGGUCACAACUGGGAGGCCAGGCUGGGAAGACAUAAGGGCAGCGUGGAAAUGAGAAAUGGCUGACCACAGACAUUAUGUGGGGAGCUGCCAUCGCCUUGAGGAUAUAAUGAUGAAAAAUGAGUAGCUGGGAACAUACUGAGGGGACAUAGGACCUGCGCUGGAAGUGAGAGAGAUGAGAGCUGCCCGUGCAAGAGUCGGGACUCGGCAUCAGAGCCCGGAGGUCUCAGUGGGCACAGGCAGAGCCGGACCUGCUGCCUCAGAAGUGCUCCC